AUGAAAUUUAAGUCUUCAAGUAUAAGUGAAAUUGUGGGUCCAGCUAUUGCGGAGGUGUUGCCUGACCAUGGUGUUCCCUGGUUUAGGGUUAGGCACCUUUUAACACUCAAUUUGUUGUUGGUUGUACCACUUCUCUCGUCAGCAACUGCUGGGUACGAUGGGUCCUUGAUGAACGGUUUGCAGUCUUUGACAGAAUGGAAAGAUUAUUUCCAUCAUCCAGAAGGGACAAUGCUUGGUUUUGUCAAUGCAGCGCAAAAUUGUGGCUGUUUUAUUGUACUUCCUUUUUGCGGAUGGUGUACCGAUAAGUAUGGAAGAAAAUUGACCAUAUUUGCUGGAUUGAUAGGAAUUGUCAUUGCUACAAUUAUCCAAGCUACAGCUACUACAGUUGCCCAGCUAAUUGUGUCGCGGUUUAUCGUUGGAGCAGCUGGAAUGUUGGCAGUUCAACCUGCACCGUUAUUAAUAGCAGAAAUGUCUUACCCUACUUUUCGAGGUAAAAUGACUUCACUUUACUGGUGUGGAUAUUACCUUGGUGCUAUCUUGGCGUCGUGGACUUGCUAUGGAACCGACGGCAGAGGAGAUACUUGGGCAUGGAGAAUUCCCACUAUCUUGCAAGCUGGGUUCCCAUGUGUUCAGCUCAUAUUUUUGUGGCUUGUUCCAGAGAGUCCUCGUUGGCUAGUAUCUAAAGAUCGAAUGGAUGAAGCACGGGCUUUGCUUGUCGAGUAUCAUGCUGGUGGAGACGAAAACUCAGAAUUGGUCAAGGUGGAAUUGACAGAAAUUGUAACUGCUUUGGAGACAGAAAAGGCUGCAAAACAGUCUAGGUGGAGCGAUUUGAUUUCAACACCAGGUAACAGAAAACGUACUUAUAUUGCUGUGAGUCUUGGGGUGUUUGCUCAAUGGAAUGGUAUUGCCGUUGUGUCUUAUUAUUUGACUUUGGUAUUGGACACUAUAGGAAUUACUGACUCAUCGAUGCAAACGUUGAUAAAUGGUUUGCUUCAAAUCUUCAAUCUUUUGGCAGCUGCCUCUGCUGCGUUGUUGGUGGACUGGUUUGGAAGAAGAACCUUGUUUCUUUGGUCCGGUGUUGGAAUGCUUGUAUCGUAUAUCAUCUGGACUGCUUGUUCUGCAGUUUUUGAUGAGACGAAAAAUACGGCAGCUGGUCGAGCUGUGGUUGGGUUCAUUUUCAUUUUUUACUUCCACUACGAUAUUGCCUAUACUCCAUUGCUCUUGGCAUAUCCUACAGAGAUCUUUCCUUAUUUUUUGCGUUCCAAAGGUGUCACUGCCGAGUUGAUGGGAGUCUAUGGUUCGUUGAUAAUUGCGGCUUUUUGCAACUCAAUUGCUUUGGACAGAAUUGGCUGGAAGUACUACAUUGUGUUCUGUGUCUUGUUGGCUAUCAUUUGCGUCAACACCUACCUUUUCUAUCCAGAAACGAAGGGCUACUCAUUAGAGGAAAUCGCUCGGAUUUUUGAUGGUGAAAAAGCCUUUGAUAUGGAGUUGGACGUGGAUUCCAAGCCACAAGUAGAGCAUCUGGACUGA